CUUGUUUUGCAAUCGAAUCUUUUGUUAUGUUGAGUGAGACGAUGCGCAUCAAUGUUUUAGUGGAAAAAAGCUUUUCAAACAAUCCUCAUCUCUGCCGAACACCAGCGGUGAUGCACAAAAGCAGCUCUAGUUGUGGCGGCAUGAGAGAGCUCGAAAAUGACGGAGACGUGUGAAGUAAAAGUGCAGAAAAGCAGUGUCUAUUUCAUGCACAACUUGAACAAACCACAACAGCAUCCAACAUACGUGCAGGCCCUGUUCGACUUCGACCCUCAGGAGGACGGCGAGCUUGGCUUCAGACGCGGAGACUUCAUUCAGGUCCUGGACAACUCUGACCCCAACUGGUGGAAGGGUGCCUGUCACGCCCAGACGGGCAUGUUCCCACGCAACUACGUCACGCCUGUCAAUCGGAACAUGUAAAGGAAAAAAACCAAGCGAUUAGUGAAUAAAUUGUAAUUAACGGCCCCUCACAUUCACAUACAAUCAGACUACCCUACAUCUCCCCGUCAACACCCGUAAAGUCCUGUGAAAUUUAAAGCGGCACAGAGGAAUGGAAAUCAUGACUGAAAACAAGGAGAGGACAAAAAAACGUAGCGGAGAGGCUGGAUGUUUCCGCCUCUGCCGUGGUGCCCGGGCGAAACCAUUAUUCCUGAGAAUCGUGAUGUCUUCAUGAACGCUUGCAGUCCGGACUGAGCUGUUAGGGCGAAGGAAAGGCUGAAUCCUAGCUUAGUAAGACACACAUAAAUUAAAACAACAAUGAUUCUGUCUGUAGAUUCAUCCUGCUGCUUCGGGCUUCUUUUUUUUGUCUGCGAAUAUAAAUUUUUUUUUUGGCUGCAUGUUUAAAUCUCUUUAUAAUAGUAAAUCCUGAAGCUGUUUUUAAAAAGGAAAAAAAAAAACAUUCUAAAAAUAUAUUAAAAUGUAAGCGUAAAAACUUGCAAACGCAUUGUACAUCUGGGCUGUGGAAGAAAAAAAAUCACCUAUAGAGAGAAUCCAUUUUUUAAAGAAUAUAUAUAUUAUAUAUUUGUAUGUGUCUGUCUGUUUUGCCUUUUCAACCCAUUUUAUUUUUUCCCCAAAUUGUAAAUUAUGUUCGUUUUUUUGGGGAGGGCAGGUGAAACUGAGUAGCUCUGAGGCGUGCUAAUUUUAUGAGCAUCUCAGAUGUAACACCGUAUUAUUUUACGCAUCAUGUAUUCCAUUUGACAUCAUUCUUGUUUUAGAACCAAUAGGGGAGCAGAUCCUUGGCGACAGCGAUUCAUCGCCGAGGAGCUUCCGAUCGUGCAGGAGUUGAUCUAAUGUGAAAAACCAGGCGGCUAGCCACCAUUUUAAGCCAAUGUAUUUAUUGCAGCCACUUUUUGUCUUGGGAUGUGAAUGUAGCCGACAUCACUCUCCUCACGACGGUCGUCAGAUUUCACCACAGUUGCAUGAUUUCAGAGACGCAUCUGUUCACGGUGUCCAUGUCGAAACGCUGUUCACGUAACGAAACGAUUUAAAAUCAUGAGAUUUGGUGUCGAAAAACUGGCGGAUGCCAGCUAAGCCAGUAAGAAGUAAGAAACCAGAGAGUUUUGUUAUAUUUGAGUUGUCACAUUGAGUAAUGUGAUGCGUUCGGUUUGUUUUUUUGGUUUCUCUUACCUCUUUGUCUUUUCAGUGUUGUAUGUUUUAGCUCUUAUGUAUUUUGUUUCCUCCACGUGUAUUACUGACCCCCUCCUUCUCCCCUCCGUUUUUUUUUUUCCUGUGAUGUUUUUUGUUCUCUCUGGAUUAGUGCCUUUUUCUCUGGUGUGUGACAGUGUCUCUGGCUUGCUGCUUUAGCCUGAGCGUUGGGCUUCGUCAGACCCGCAGUGACAAAUCAUGUCCUCUUUCUCCUCCUGAACACACCUGCACACAGUCGCUCUUAUUUAAAUAUCUCGCCUUUUUCUGAACUUUUUUUUUUUUUUUUG